GACUGAGCCUGUUUGACAGCUAGCUUGGAAUUAGCUGGCUAACGUUCAGAAAUUCUCUGGAGAACAUGUCAGUGAAAUAGUGAGCGCUACGUUAUAAAUAAAAGUGUUUUGUGGUUUAAGCUUGGGAUCACAUCGCUUUCCAAGGAUGUUUUCGUCCACCUGGAAUUUUAUCAAACGGCAUAAAAGGAAAUUUCUUUUCGCCGGAGCCGUAGUUGGAGGAGUUUACUUUCUGGGCAAAUAUGCGCAGAAGAAGCUCCAGGAGAUCCAGGAGAAGGAGGCGACCGAGUACAUCGCUCAGGCCAGAAGGCAGUUCCACUUCGAGAGCAACCAGCGGACCUGCAACAUGACCGUGCUGUCCAUGCUCCCGUCCCUGAGAGAAGCCAUCGUAAAUCAACUGAACUCCGAAAGCCUCACGGCUCUACUGAAAACCAAACCAGCAAACAAGUUGGAGAUCUGGGAGGAUUUAAAGAUCAUCAGUUUCACCCGUACGGUAGUUGCAGUGUACAGCACCUGUUUGCUGGUUGUUCUACUCCGAGUCCAGCUGAACAUUAUUGGAGGAUACCUGUACCUGGACAACUCUGUAGGAAAGAACGGAACGAACGCUCUGGCUCCUCCAGACGUCCAGCAGCAGUACCUGUCCAGUAUUCAACAUCUGCUUGGAGACGGUUUGACGGAGUUGAUGACGGUGGUGAAGACGGCCGUACAGAACUCGCUGGGCAGGGUGUCGCUGAAGCAGAGUCUGUCGCUGCUGGAGUUGGAGCAGCAGCUGAGCUGGAUCAGAGCCGAGGUGGAGGCCGGGUCUGAGCGCCCGCUGUCCUGGUACAUGUUGGCUGACGACGAGAACGCGCUCGCUGAGCAGGCGUGUGGGCUGACGGAGAACGACGUCAUGACCAUCAAGCUGUUGAACGAGACCAGAGACAUGUUGGACAGCCCGGACUUCACCACGGUGCUGAACACCUGUCUGAACCGGGGGUUCUCCCGUCUCCUUGACAACCUGGCCGAGUUCUUCCGCCCCCCCGCUGGUGACUCCUGCCUCAGCUCUGCACCCGACAGCCUGUCUGCCGUCAGUCUGCCUCUGGCCAAGAUCAUCCCCAUCAUCAACGGUCAGAUCAACUCCAUCUGCAGUGAAACUCCCAGCCACUACGUUCAGGACCUGCUGCUCAACGACCAGGUGAAGGAGUUUGCAGGUAUCGUGUACGAGACCUUCAGCGCACCACACGAGCUGCAGAAGUAAUGAAGCUGUUAUGAGGAGAGGAAGAAGACAACGAAGCGCUGGACGGUUUCCUCCUCCCUCCUCUGAGGACAGUGGAUCAACAUUCACAGGUGAACGUCCAGUGAGGAAGACGUCGCCUGCACCGGGUUUGUAGUCACGCGGAGCCUUGAACCACUGCAUCAUGGGAACUGGUGAUGUUUUAAUUUACCCUGAGAGUUGGGACACGGUGGGAAAACCCUGAAGCUGCAAAGAGCCACGCGCUGUGGAGGGACGAGUGCGGGUUGGACUGAUGCAGGGUGACGUUCACUGGUGGCGUUUUCAGUUUGGAGGCUGGGGUUCUGUCAGCUCAGCCAGCAGCAGUAAAACAUCCAUACGAAGCAUGUAGGGCAGCAGCAAUGAGCAGGCACAGAGAGCUGCGAUCAACACAACCGACACAUUUCAUCGUACACAUCUGUGUGUUCAGUGCUGUUAUUGGUCCCUGUAGUUCCCGUCCUGCCCAGCAGGCGUCUCUGUCGCUCAGCUGCUGUAGGAAUCCUCAUUGGUUCACUUCAUUCCUAUUUCUGUUCACCUGUUUUUAAAUUAAACUAAACCUUGUAUCUUCAGCUGUGACAAUUAACAUCAACAUCAAUCAUUUUUUUUAGUAGUGACAGAUGCUUUUUUAAAAUUACAUAUGAAAUUAAAUCCAGCCUCUAGAGAUGUGGUUCCUGAUUGUAGUAGUUUAUACAGUUAACCUGCAGAUUAAAAUCUGGAUAUUGGAAGAAUAUGUGGGAAACCAAAAAUCUGCCAUUCAAAGACCCUGGAUGUGCUGAAUGUCUGAUCAGCUCCCUGAAGGUGUUUAUCUGACAGUCUGCGUUGAACAGGAGACACGGAAAAGAUGCAGCGCUCGGUUCCAAAAAGCAGGAUUACGAAUCACUGAGCCAAGUUUCAGUCCAUCAGGCGAUAUUCAUUAACGAGAUCUUGUUUAGUUAAAAUGCAAAUCCUUAGGUGUUUUCCACAGUUUCAUACGACUUAUUAAAUGUUUCAGCUUAACUUUGAACGUCGGUGAAAAUAACCUUCAGGCUACAACUUUAUUGCUGUUGACAGAUCUGGAUCAGUUCCUAUUAAACUUUGAUUCGACAGAACUGUUGAUGUCAUGCAAACAGUUUUUCUUCCACAGCUAAAUGCCAACGGCGUUACUCUGGGAUUGAGCCGCUGUAGUUGAAGAACUCAGGAAGGUUCUCUCAUAGAUCCAGUGGUCAAAUAAAAUUAAGCACAGCUGUAAAUCACAGAAGGAAAAUGCAUCCGUUGAAUCAGGUGAGAAUGUAACUCUGCAUGUGCCGUUGUCCUGCAGCCUCAUGUCCUGAACAACCGUGAAAUGUGCAUCUGUAAUAAUUUACUGAAGAGGUAAUAAAGAUGAAUGUGACUUCA